AUGAAGCCUCAUUCCUCCCCCGCGAGGCAGGGCGCAGUUCCUGAAUCCCAAGACAAACCUGGGGCAGAUAAGACACUGAAGCUGAAGACACUUGUCCAUCUGUUCUUAACUCUGGUGAUUCUGUCUGCUUGUACUGUGCUCUACGUCCUGCUCUGCUCGCAGCUGCGUUGGCUCAGCUAUCAGCAGCUGGAGGAACAUAAACGGCCCUUGGUGAUGGUGUCUGGAGCCCUCAGCUUCGAGGGAUACAGUCGUGUUCCUGAUGGAAAGCCGUUGGUCAGAGCUCAGUGCCGCCAGUGCGCCCUGGUAUCGAGCUCGGGUCAGAUGCUGGGCUCGCGGCUGGGGAAGGAGAUCGACCGAAUGGAGUGCGUCCUGCGCAUGAACCAGGCCCCCACCAAUGGCUACGAAGAGGAUGUGGGGACGAAGAGCACCAUCAGGGUCGUCUCGCACACCAGCAUCCCUUUGCUCCUGAGGAACCAGUCGUACUUCUUCAAGCAAUCCCGGGAGACCCUCUACAUCGUCUGGGGGCCCAUGAGAAAGAUGAGCCGGGAGAAGGGGGGGUUGACCUACAGGACUCUCCAGGAAAUGAAGGAGAUGUAUCCCAGCCUGCAGAUCUACACGCUAACCGAGAGGAUGAUGGCUUACUGUGACGAGGUCUUCCAGGUCGAGACAGGGAAGAACAGGAUGAAGUCUGGCUCCUUCCUGAGCACUGGCUGGUUCACCAUGAUCCUGGCAAUGGAGCUGUGCGAACAGAUCUCUGUCUUCGGCAUGGUCAGCGAUAGCUACUGCAGGGAGAAGAACCAUCCCAGAGUGCCUUACCACUACUUUGAAAAGGGCAAGCUGGACGAGUGCAGGAUGUACCUCGCCCAUGAGAGAGCCCCCCGGGGUGGCCACCGCUUCAUCACUGAGAAAACGGUCUUCUCCCACUGGGCAAAGACAAGGAACAUUGUCUUCAAUCACACCUCGUGGGUGGGUGGGUAG